UUCGAAUUUGAAAAACCUCACGUUCUCUUUUCUUCACUUUCGCUCCUUCUCUCAGACUGAGAUGGAAACCAUCCGAAAGCAAGCUACGAAGCUCAGGGAACAAGUAGCAAAGCAGCAGCAAGCUGUUCUGAAGCAAUUUUCUGGUGGAUCAGAUAAUAUCACGCCUGAUGAAACUGAAUUCCAACAGCAUAAAAAAUUAGAGAAGCUGUACAUAUCUACGCAUGCUGCCAAGCACUUUCAAAGAGAUGUAGCUCGAGGCGUAGAGGGCUAUAUUUUAACUGGAUCGAAGCAGGUUGAAAUUGGUACUAAGUUGUCAGAUGAUAACCAGAAGUAUGGAUCUGAAAACACAUGCACUAGCGGCAAUCGUUUGUCGAGAGUGGCCUUAUGUUAUAGUAGAGCACGGAUUCAAAUAGAAAAACAGCAUGACAAUCUUCUCAGAGUGCUUGGAACACAGGUUUCAGAUCCAUUGAAGGCAAUGGUUAUGGGAACCCCAUUAGAAGAUGCUCGACAUAUUGCACAGAAAUAUGAUAGAGCGAAGCAAGAAGUUGAAGCUCAGGUCAUUGAUAUUGCCAGGCGGCAAGCAAGAGUUAAAGAAACAAAAGUUAAUUCAGAUAACAUAUUAAAGCUGGAAGCUGCAGAAACAAAGCUUCAUGAGCUUAAGUCAAAUAUGGUUUCCUUAGGUAAAGAAGCAGCUGCCGGAAUGGCGGCUGUUGAGCAUCAACAGCAAAGAUUGACUCUUCAUCGACUAAUAGCUAUGGUUGAAGCUGAGAAAGAUUAUCAUCAGAAUGUACUUCAGAUACUCGAUCAGCUAGAGGGGCAGAUGUUGGCCGAGCGUCAACCCACCGAAGCUCCAACUCCAGCUGCAAACAAUACGAUGUCCCCUCAACAUGCAUACGCUGGUACUGAAGAUUUGUCCACGUCUCGCUCAUACAAAGGAUUUGCUGACAAUAUGGGUUACUUCUUGGGGGAGGUUAUUCAUGCAUACCAAGCUGAAACCGAUGUGGAACUGACUUUAGCAGUUGGUGAUUAUGUUGUUGUUAGAAAGGUGAGCAAUAACGGUUGGGCCGAAGGUGAAUGCAAAGGAAAGGCAGGGUGGUUCCCUUUUGGAUACAUCGAGAGGCGGGAGCGCAUUCCUGCAAGCAAAGUGGCUGAAGUUUUUUGAUCUCGAAUUAUGAUGAUGAUUAACAAAGUGACAAGAGUUAACUUUUUGGAGAUUUCCCUGUUCAUUGGCUGGUGGGUCGAAUAUUGCUUGUCUAAUAAAGAAAGUUCCAAACAAGGUCUCAUUAGUUUAAUUAAGAAUGACAAGAAAUCAGGAUACAAUAAAACCCUUGAUUUAUUAUUAUAGCUGGUUGAGAUAUACACAGACAAAAAGAUAGAAGUUGCGAUGGUAAACAUAAAUCUAGAUCACACACUAAAAGCAGGAAACCUUUGGGAAAUGGGAUGGGAGAACCAGACACGAGGAAAUGGGGUGCUGCUUAAAUUUAAUAUUACAAAAUUCUUGAUCUGUUCGAGGCAUUUGGAGAUGGGAUAGUCUGAGGAACAGCAAAACAGUUGUCUUGAUCCCUUUUUCUUGUAGAUCUGCUGUUGCUAUUAUUGGUAAAUUCUUUGAAUGACUGUUCCCCUAAUCCACCCGGAUUUUGUUGGGGCACCCAAAUUUCCAUUUUCCCAGUGGGAAAAUAUCCACUCGUAUAGCUGGAAUUGGUUGCCCAGUCACUAUCCCAGAGUGGGAGCAAUUCAUUUUCUCCAUCCUGAAAAGAAAUUUGGUUUUUGUAUUGGUUUGUGAUUUUCAUUGAAAUCUGAGUAUGUAAGAAAGUUGCAGCAGACCUUGAAGAUGUAGGAAGAGUCUAGAAACUCAUCAAAAUGCCAUCCGGGUUCUGUGAAAGUGCCGCUGAAACUCUUCUCGCUUUCACCUGUUGUACCCUUCGCAGUGGAUGGUGUACUUACUGUACAGACAGGUUCACUGCUGUUGCUUAAACCCGAGGUUGCCGAUUCCGGCGAGGACGGCGGCGCGGCAUACAGCGAAGUCGUCGGAGAAAGUUUCACGCCGGCGAGGAGAAACCUGGCGUGCUUCCGUGUGUGCUCAUUAGCUCGGUGUAUUGCGCCGUCGCACUCUCUGCACAUAAUCGCCCUGUCCUGUUGGCAGAACAGAAAAGCCUUCCUCUCCUAGCAAUGAAAAAUUCAGAAGAAUCAAUCAACAGAAGAACAGAUGAAGAAGACGACGAUGAGAGUUAGGUUUGAAAAAUGUCACCUGGCAAAUAUCACAGACCGGAGCUUGUUUCGGCGACGGCGAGUGUAUCAACGUGAACCGGUGGUGUUUUCCGGCGAGCUUGUUCGCGUGGUGGACGCGGCGGUCGCAGGCGGCGCAGAGAGCGGCUUCAUCGGCGACGCAGAACACCGCCGCUCCAUCGCGGCCGCAGACAUCGCACUGGAUCUUCAUCCGAAUACCUAAUUGGGAAAGAAAUGGAAAAUGGGGGAAGUAAGGACGUGUUUGUGUUGAAUUUAUUAAAUUACUGAAUUACUACAUUUGCACAUAGCAUAUAGCAUUUGUUUAUUAUUAGUUGAAAUUGGAAAGCUGAUGGCCGGCCAAACAGGCGGUGCCACGUCGAUGGUUGGAACAGUUGAUAAUAAUUUUCUGCGAUUAGUUUAAUGACUAACAAUUAAUCA